AUGGCCAUCAAGCAUAAUCUGGCAGCCGAAACUGAGGACUGUGACAUCAAGAACAACAACAUCAAGGACAGUGGCAUCAAGAACAAUAACAUCAAGGACAGUGACAUCAAGAACAACAACAUCAAGGACAGUGGCAUCAAAGACAGUGACAACAAGGACAGUGACAACAAGGACAGUGACAUCAAGGACAGUGACAUCAAGGACAGUGACAUCAAGGACAGUGACAACAAGGACAGUGACAUCAUCAAGGACAGUGGCAUCAAGAACAAUAACAUCAAAGACAGUGACAACAAGGACAGUGACAACAGGACAAGGACUGACAGCAAGGACAGUGACAUCAAGACAGGUGACAACAAGGACAGUGACAACAAGGACAGUGACAUCAGGACAGUGACAUCAAGGACAGUGACAACAAGGACAGACGGUGACAACAAGGACAGUGACAUCAUCAAGGACAGUGGCAUCAAGAACAAUAACAUCAAAGACAGUGACAACAAGGACAGUGACAACAAGGACAGUGACAUCAAGGACAGUGACAUCAAGGACAGUGACAACAAGGACAGUGACAUCAAGGACAGUGACAACAAGGACAGUGACAUCAUCAAGGACAGUGACAUCAAGAACAGUGACAACAAGGACAGUGACAUCAUCAAGGACAGUGACAUCAAGAAUAGUCAUGAAGGGCUGUGA